GCCGGCCCUUCGAUUCUAGGCACGCCUGCUUUACUGCCGUCCAACGACCCACGCUGGGCAGGUUUGCACAGCUUCUCUUGCUCUCGAUGUCGGCAAUGGGACCAUUGUCCAUUCGCUCCAGACUAUACUUCUUCCAGUCUCUUGUUAGGUGGCUCUAUCACUCCAACAUCUUGUUGCUACUGCUGCUCUUAUUGCUGUAUAUGUAGCCAGGUGACCACCAGUGUGUCGGCACGAGCGAGCCAUAUGCACACACGGUCAGCUGGCGCUGUUUCUACACCUACUUCCGCUUCGAACUCCUCUUCAGCAUCUGCCUCGGCAUCCGCUUCUAAUUCUAAAUCAGCGUCACCUUCAGCCUCUCCUUCGCCUCUGCAUUCAGAUUCUGUUGGCCGCUUGAUUGGAGCUGGCGAAAUGCACUUGCAUCACUAUCACCAUCAUCAAUGUCAAGGCUCUCAUCAGUGCGCUCACUCAGCUACUAUUCCCCUGCCGGUUUGUAUGUCUCCCAAUAAUUCAGGAGGUCGUGAGGGUUACGUUGGACAUUCGGUGUCCAGUGCUGGAAGAUUUAGUCACUUCGCUGCUGCUUGUGUUACAUCAGCCAUAAGGUCAGCUGGGCUUGACUCGGGAGUUGGCCCCGAUUCUACAUCGACAGGUUCUUCAGCUCCCUUGCCUCCUGCAUCUGGUUUUCGUGGCAUGCUAGCACAGUACCGAUCUGCUGUAUUGCAGGCCGCCUCGUGCAACUUUCUAGUCUGCGCAUUUAAGUACCUUCUGCCCAGGCUUUUGCUGCUACCUAUCUUUCAUUUCUUUUAUCUACAUGAGCUAAUUGAAGUGAGUAAAUGA